UUCAGAGACAGUAACCAAGCCAAAGACUUCUUUAAUGAAUAAGUUCCACAAUAUACACGAUCAUUGGGAUAUUCCAAGCACAACCAGUGAUUAAAACACCCUGAGAAUGUGUUUUAGCUUCUGUAGUAUCUGCUGCGUGUGAUUAAUGUCUGAUUUAGGAAACCCGAGUGCGCCUGCGUGCUGUGUGUGUGUGUAUGUGUGUGUGUGCACUGCAGUGAGUGUGUGUUUGUGUGUUUAGUCUCUCUUUAAGACUCCUGCAGGGUAGAUGGAGAGCUGCAGCUCUUUGGACACGCCCCCCUCGCCUCUGAUUGGCUGCAGACCACCGCCUCCUUCCCCUCCUUCAUUGGUAUUCAGGUGGUACUGUCUUUGUGGAGGACAGAGGAGAGAGAGAGGGAGAGAUUUACAGGGGUAAAGGCGACUUGAGCACAACGAGACAGGCGAGCGGAGAGUGACAGACGGGCUGAGGAAGGAAAGUGAGAGAAAACUGGACUGGCUGCAAGCUAGGGGUGAUUUUGAGGUGGACAGAAGAGGGUGUGAAAGUGCCACAAGGGUCUUUUGGGUCUGGUUGGUGAGUGAGACCCUGGAUUUGAACCCGGCUGGACUCAUCCGAACCCUGGACUGACGGCUCCGCUGUCUUCCCUCAUCAGAGGACGUCCUGCACUCCACUGGCCUUUACUGUGUGCGCGUGCGAGGGGUCUCUCUCCCCGCUGGGGAGGCGUGCCGCGCAGACGGACCGCUGGCGAGUGUGUGUGUACGUGUCUCUGCGUGUCAUUUCCCCCUAUGUCCUUCUUUUUGUGGCUGUGUGCGCACCAGGGCCCAGUAUAUGGAUAGAAGCUCUCUGUUCCAGCUCAUACAAGAGCAGCUGGACCCAGAGCAGACUGGUUUUAUAGCAGUGGAGAACUUCACCAGUCUAGCUGAGCACCAUGAGUUACAGCUGGACCCCAGUAAACUGGAGAUGCUGCUGGCGCUGGUACAGAGCAACGAACACGGACACGUCUGCUACCAGGAGCUCAUAGAACUGCUGAACAGUAAACGUUCCAGUAGUUUUCGCCGAGCCAUUGCAAAUGGGCGUCGCACCCUGCAGCGUGAGAUCCUAUUGGAUGAGACGGGGUUGGGCGUGUACAAGCGCUUCGUGCGCUACGUGGCCUAUGAGAUCCUGCCAUGCGAGACGGACCGCCGAUGGUACUUCCAUCAGAGCAGACUCUGCCCUCCUCCUGUGUUCAUGGCCAUCAUUACCAUUGUACAGAUCAUAGUGUUUAUGUGUUACGGCGUGAUGCUCAAUAAAUGGGUGUUGCAAACCUACCAGCCAGAUUUCAUGAAGAGUCCGCUGGUGUAUCAUCCCGGACACCGCGCACAAAUCUGGAGGUUCUUCAGCUACAUGUUCAUGCAUGUUGGAUUAGAGCAGUUGGGUUUCAACGCUCUUCUCCAGCUGAUGAUUGGUGUUCCUCUGGAGAUGGUUCAUGGGAUCCUGAGGAUCAGUCUGCUGUAUAUGGCUGGAGUCGUCGCUGGUUCUCUGACGGUGUCCAUCACAGAUAUGCGCGCUCCGGUGGUGGGGGGGUCCGGCGGGGUCUAUGCACUCUGCUCAGCACAUCUCGCCAACGUUGUCAUGAACUGGGCUGGUAUGAAGUGUCCAUACAAAUUGCUACGGAUGAUUCUUGCGCUUGUUUGCAUGAGUUCAGAGGUGGGCCGUGCCGUAUGGCUGCGUUUCUCCCCGCCCCUCCCCUCCUCCGGACCGCAGCCCAGUUUCAUGGCUCAUCUGUCGGGCGCAGUGGUGGGCAUCAGCAUGGGGCUUCUGAUCCUGCGGAGCUAUGAGGAGUCUCUGCAUAAACAGUGCUCCUGGUGGGUCCUCAUCUUCUCCUUCAUCACCUUCCUCCUCUUCGCUAUCUUCUGGAACAUUUUCGCUUAUGAGCUGCUCGGGGUACAGAUCCCGCCCCCUCCCUGAUGACACGCCCCCCUCUGGUGGCCCCCAAAAGCCACGCCCCCCUGUCCGACACAGGUCCCACCUCAAUCUACUCCGCUCGACCAGCAGUGGAGACACGGACGUAAAAACCGGAAGGUGUGAAACGAAAACACAUACUCACAUUCCCUACAGAAGCAGCGAACACAAACGGCGUGGUAUUUUUAAUGAACACUCGGAGGGAGCUCAAGGGUCCGGUGAGCUUAUCUGAACAGACCAUCAGUACGUCAUACACUCAAAACAUGCACAUACACACACACACACACAUCAAAUUUGUUGUGUAUUUCAGCCCGAGGCUCAUUCAUGAUGCCUUUCUGUAUAGUUUAGAUUUGACUCAGCCUGUUAUGCAUUACAGAUGCCAUCCGUAGUAGAUGAAAUCUCACAGACUAAACACAAAGCCUUACACUUGAAGACACAGCGAGGUAGUCCUCAGUGAGGUAGGGGGUUGAUGCUGAGGUCAUCUGAUGCUGUUUGUUUUUGGAUAAUUAAGGAUCGGGUUCGUUAAAAUUAUGUUUCUGAAGCUGUUUCAUGCUUUACUUUGUUCCUAAACAGACAGAAACGGAAACAUUCACUCUGUUCCAAAUCAUAGUGGGCUUUCUAUGUGGGCAGAAUGUAAUAAGUGUUACCUUUUUCCAAAUAUGAGCACAGAAUUUUCAAAAAAGCAAUUCCAGAAUGUAUUGCAACAAGCUCCAAAAAUUCUAAAAAUGUUUAUAAAUAUGUUUUUUGAAAGACGUCUCUUAUCCUCAUCAAGGCUGCAUUUGUUUGAUAAACAAUACAGUAUAAAUAUGAAA